GGGGACGGAGCGUUGACUUCAUUAGACGAGACCUCUCCAACUUAACGUUUAGGUUCAGUGUGCCUCUAACCAUUCGGUGAUCGCUACCAGUUUUCACCCUCGCGAUCACGGAGACAUCACUGAACAGUUGUCGUCUGGUCGUCAUAAUGAAGUCAAUCUCAUUUUUUGUGGAACCGUCGGGGCUCGACCAGGUCCACUUCCUGUGGGGCCGCUUCUGGAAGAAAGAGUUCAUCAUAAAGAGUCCCUCUUUCUCCAUGAAGUCGGCCAGCUGCUGGCCCCUUGGGUUCCGUUGCCCUAUUCCAAAUUUCCCUGCUUUCAGCUCACCGUUCUCUCUUGUGCCUAGUUUUGCAUUGAAGUCUCCCAUUAACACCGUAUAUUGGGUUUUGGAGGAAUGCAUGGCUCUAGAGAUAUCCUCAUACAUUUCCUCCACCUCCUCAUCGGGGUGUGCCGAGGUUGGUGCGUAAACCUGUAUGACCUUCAGCGAAUACCGUUUGGUGAUUCUGAGUAUAAGGUACGCAACCCUCGUCGACACACUCCCGAUCUUUACAACGUUGUUAACGAGAGACUUGUGGACGAUAAAUCCGACACCUCCUUGGGACAGAUGGUCGCCCUCCCGGUGAUAGAGCAAGUUGCCGGAUUCGAGGAUUACCGUGUCCUCCCCCUCUCUUCGGACUUCGGAUAAUCCUAUAAUAUGCCAGCGCAACUUGUCUAUCUCUUCUUCCAGCUCCACAAUCUUCUCGUCAGUCCUCAGGGUGCGUACGUUGUACGUUGCCAGGUCGAGUCGUCUAAGGUGGCAACCGAACCUCCACCGGAGAUUCUUAGCACCCCCUGCCCCGCCGUUACCAUGGUUGCCACCGUAGCCAGGAAUAGCGGGGCCGCCGGGGACUGGGGGCCGUUUCUUUGUUACUGUCAUUCAUAGGGGGGUAUUUGCCAUAGUUGCCACGCUUGGCGAGCGGGUUGGCAACCGCAGUUUUUUUUUAUUGUAAUUUGGCUAUUAUCAGGAAGAUGCUGCUGCCCAUCUCCUGCCUGUUUCCCUUUGUCGCCUUUUACGACACCCACGGGAGGAUAUGGGGUAGUGGAUAUUCUUGACCGCCACUACACGGCAAAUUAAACAUUAGGGCAUAUGGAACGUCUCGAACCAGCCAUCUUGCCAUUAUAUAGCAUGGCAAAGGUGAAGAACGUCAAGUUAAUGCUAAUAAAUUUUUCAUGUACUCCUUUUUGACCUUAAACAAACGUACAUCUGUGAUUAAUACGUCCUUACCUUCCAUUAAAAAACACUUAGACAGGGAAAAUACAUUAUUCUAAUUCGUUUCGUGUUGUUAAUUAUUUUGUAACUUUAAUGAUUGUGAACUGUUAGUAAAAAAGUCUCGCUGAGUUUCUUCCUGAUUCUUCCCAGGAAAGAGGUAUUUUCCAAACCAGUAGUAAAUUAAACAUAAGAGAAACUAACAACAAAUAUUAUUUAUAAAUUUAUAAUCUAUAUUGAAUAAGAAAGUUUUUAUUAUAUUCUAAGAAACAAAUUAUUUCUGUAAGUUUAGCGUGCGGGCUCACUACCACAGUGAAUGUUCGUCCUUGUUGCAGCCCAUCGGCUGGGAAAUAACUUGCAGCGAUACAGUCUCAGAAUUGCUUUCCAGACUCCUCUUUAUGCACGACUAUAAAGUUGUAUCAGUCAAGAAUUUAGCAGUAAAACACCGGGAGCGCUAUUUAGCGCGUAACGAGCUAUAAACAGCGAGGCACUCGGAGUUCCACUAGCCAGCCAUUACGCGGGAGUGCUAAGUAAACGUCAGGCAAACAAAUGGCCUCAGGGUUGUUAAAAGCAUAAUGACCGGUAGCACUAGCAUCUUUAGUAUGAACGUAGGAUGGACGAUGAAGUACUAGACUUGUAAAGAUAUAAUACUAGUGAUUUGUGUAGAAUACAUUAGCUAAAGAAAAUAACUGCAGUGUGCAUUGUAUAGUAACUCAAGAAGCAAUUGUUUACUGGUGGAUAUCAAUCCGCAACUGCGUUAAUUUUUCAAGUGAAAACUUCUUUAAGAUUAUUGGGAUUUGAAACUCGGUGAAAUGAAACAGCGACACAGCGACACUUAAAAGAGACAAACAUAUAUUUACUUCUAUAGGAUUUAGCCAGCGAGAGAAUGAGAUAGAAUAUUUUAUUAAAUUGGUCAUGUUUAGGCCAUCUAGCGUCUAUUUUACGUACUACCUUGAGAGUCAAAUUUUUGUUCGAUAAAAUGACUUAACCUAUAAAAUUAAGUUGAUGGCGCAUUGCAAAGCAAUUUUACUCGUAAGAAAAUAUUUUUUUGAUUUAUUACACUAAAUUUAGGCUCUAUAUGUCUAAAAAUAAGGAUAAAAACAUUUAUUAGUUAUUAAAUUAAACUUUUAUCUUAUAUUUUAUACCACAUUUGUAAUUGAAAAUUAUUAUAUUAAAUAAAUCAUUUGUCAUGAAUUUUAAAUAAUGUGUAUUUUAUAUUUCAAUUUAUUUGUAGGUUUCACUUUUACCGCGUGUGAAUUGCACACAUGUUUUUUUUUUAAUAUUUUAUUAAUCUUUCAUUCUUUACAUAGAGGGAAUAUUUGCCGCGCUCGGCCGGCAGGUUGUCGCACCUUUUUUUAUUAUUUUGAAUUCUUAUUAGGAAGAUGUUGCUUGUUUGUUUUCCUCUGUCGCCUUAUACUUACGAUGCCUACGGGACCAUAUGGGGUAGUGGAUAUUCUUACACCACCACUGGCUUUCCGGUUUAAAAUUUAUAAUCGUCUUUUGAAGCACUAGAAUAGAAUAGAAUAAUUUUUAUUCAAUAUAGAUUAAAAAUAAUUCUCAUUUAAAAUCAUUUUUUUUACUUUUACCAUUGAUUCGGAAACAACCUCAGUCCUUUAAGAACCAGCAAUAAACUCAGCGGGACGUUUUUUAAAGUAAGAUACAAUAAAACACACUUUGCACAAACUACCUUAUUCCCAGGGAUUAUUCUCAACCAUAUAUUGAUUUAUAUUAUUAUAACCCUUUUUAUACAGCUUUUGUUUAAUUAAAUAUUUAAACUAGGCAAUAGAGAUACCUUGUAUAUUUUCUAGGAUUUUGUUAUAAUAGCGUAUACAUUGCCCCAUUAUUUAUUUAUUUAUUUAUUUAUUUAGAUAGAUACACCAUCGACAAUAUCAAUAUGCAUUGUUACGACCGAAAUACAAUUUUUUUUAGACAAAGGAUACGUCUUUACAGGUGUAUACAUCAUUAUAUAAAAAAAAACUAAACAACAUACAUAUAAACUCUAAACAAACACAAAUCAAACUAAUUGAGCAAAAGCACCACAUCCAGUAAAAAAAUUGCAAUAAUAAAUAAUUAUUAUUAUUAUUAAUAAAUUACUGACUCUGUGGAGUCGAAAAAGUGCGAUAGCAAUACAAUUAGGUAUAUGGUACCAUGGAGCUGAUGGCCCUGGAUGCUGGCCCUAUCAAUGCCUAUAUGAGCUUGUUUUUAAAUAGAUUUUAAAUCGCAUUAAUACUAAUUAAUAUUAUAUAUCAAAUUAUAAAAAUGUAUGGAUAAAAAAACUUGCUAUAAGUCAUGUAAAACCAUUUUUUUCAGGUAAGGACAUUAGAGAUACCGGCUUCGCUAGAUGGUCAGGAAUGAACGGCCAGAUUAGCGCAUCACCUAAAGAACCGCACUGUGCAGUUUUGGACGCUGUCAACCCAGGACUCAGGGACUGGUGGUGUCACCGCAAUCAGCCAUUCAUCUGCAAAGUGGACCUAGAAAACUCCUGGCACACACAAACUGACUAAGAAAAUAUUUGAAUCAUUUAGUAUUAAGUUAUUUAUUUGCAAAUUGUAAGAUAUAAUUUACGCUAAGACUAAGAAAAUGUUAUUGACUAAUUAUUUACGUACUUAUUUAUUAUGUAUUUAAAUUAUUUUAAUGAGAAUAUGUUUAGUUACAUUUUAUAUGAAAUACACGGAAUUGUUUUUAGUUUCUU